UCAGAUUCUCCCCUCUUCCUCCUCCUCCUGAUGAACGUUUGUCCCCAUUCCGUCCAACGGGAUGUCUUUCUUAUACCUUGCCUUUUUCUGCGCGUUAGCUCACCUGUAUCCGACCUGUUUCCGAGCCUUGUGCUAUACAAACUGUUCGUCUACUUACCUCGAAACUUCCAAGUCAUAUACAACCGUUAAUGCUGUACUACCAUUAGCGUUCUGCAGUAUUAUAUCUCAUCAAAGUCUCCUUGAAGAACCGAACCUCUGCUCGAUCUCUUCUUAUCUCCUCCAUCUGCCACAAACAGCACUUUGACCUUGCA